UUGGAGAUCGGUAGGUGGACCGAAGAAGCAAAGCCCGUAAGCGCUGGAGUUGGGCAUUCUUUUUGAGACUUCAAACACCUCAACCCCCACCUCGAAAAAUAAAAAGGAAAAGGAAAAGAAAAUAAAAGCAAAAGAAAGAAACGGUAAGGAGUAACGACGUAGGGACCAGGGACAAAGGACAUAUUCACAAGGCACAAGAGAGAGAGGUCUCCACGAUACCGUACCUCAUUGGUCCAGGAUAAACCAUCCCCCAAACACCCGAUACACAAGCGGUUACAUACUCUGCUAGCUAUAUAUCUCGCUUCACAAUUCCCUCUAAUAAGGAAUGUCAAGCACACCAAUUCUCUCUCUCUCUCUCUCCCCUCGCUUCUCGUAUUUCUGCAGUACAGAGUACUAACAGAAGAAGUAAAACAUCUCAGCGAUCCAAUAAGAUGUUGCAGGAAGAAGAAUACUCUCCAGCAGUAACAGCUGGAAAAGUAGAGUCUUCAACUUGCCUCAACCAGCUCCCGUCGGUGAUGAGUACAAGAAAGAAGAAGAACAAGAAUAAAAGGAGGUUCAGUGACGAACAGAUCAAGUCUUUGGAGACUAUGUUCGAAUCAGAGACCAAACUUGAGCCCCGGAAGAAGCUCCAGCUGGCAAGAGAACUGGGCCUGCAGCCUCGCCAGGUUGCCAUAUGGUUCCAAAACAAACGAGCACGAUGGAAAUCAAAGCAGCUCGAGCGUGACUACAGUAUACUGACUGCCAAUUAUGAUGCUCUGGCUUCUCGAUUUGAGACUUUGAAGAAGGAGAAGCAGACCUUAAUGGUAGAGUUGCAGAGGCUGAAUGAUAUACUCGGAAAACCUCGAGAUGAGAACAGGUGGUGCCAGUCAACCACAGCCGCAAACAGCACCGAUGGAGACUCGGACAAUGGAGAUGCCAAGUGUGAAUCUGACACAAAGCCCAGCGUAUUAUUGGAAGCGGAAGACCAAAGAGUGGUCUUCUCUUCAGAUGAUGAGAAUAGUAGAAGCCUCGAGUGUUUUGGACAGGAAGAAGAACCCGAACUAAACAUGGCUGAAACUGCAGAUGGUUCUUUGACAUCACCUGAAAAUUGGUGCAGUUUCAAUUCAGGCAGUCUGUUUGAUCAGCCAUGUAGUGGUUCGCAGUGGUGGGACUUCUGGUCUUGAGGAAAAUAAACCAGGCCAAACAAAACCUGGAGGAUAUCAGGGAAGUUAGUAAGAUGGUAAGACCUCAAGUGAUACAGGAGAGUGCGGACCAUUCCAGAUAAGCUUUGUAAGUUUUCAAGGACUGAAACAAAGAGGAAAUUUGGAUCCUCUACAAUAUCUACUGCUUCACCAGACGAAAGCAAUGACUAACAGAGCCGGCCGGUAUUGUCAGUCUCGUUUCUUUAUCCUUUUACCUGAGAUAACUAUGAUUGGUUUGAGCUAAGACGAUUAUGCGGAGUUAAGAGAGUAGAGAUCGUCUGGCUGUCCAUAAUACCAAUAAUAAUCAACCACGUCUCUCUUUUCCGUAAAAUUCAAAAUUAACGGAGUUCAGACCUUAACGGCAGCAGCUGGACUCCAAAACUUAUCAAUUAUAUUUUAACCGCCCUUUUGGGAUCCCACUUUCCAA